AUGACAACAGCUCUCCAAGGCAAUCCAGUUACAGUCAAGGGCAACUUCGUUAAGGUUGGCCAACAAGCUCCAGAAUUCGAGCUUGUCAAGGGUGACUUAAGCUCUUUCCACCUUUCUGAUGUUAAGGGCAAGUAUGCUGUUCUCAACAUCUUCCCAUCCAUGGAUACCGGUGUUUGCGCCGCCUCCGUCCGCAAGUUCAAUGUCCUUGCUACAUCACUUUCCGACACCGUUGUUCUUGCAAUUUCAAAGGACUUACCAUUUGCACAGACAAGAUUCUGCGCAAACGAAGGCAUCAAGAACGUCAUUCCUCUUUCUGACUUCAGAUACACAUCACACUUUGCUGAAGACUACGGUGUUCUCCUUGCCAGUGGUCCAAUGAACGGUCUCUUAGCACGUGCCGUUGUUGUUCUUGAUCCAACAGGCAAGGUCAUCUAUACAGAAAUGGUUCCAGAAAUCACACACGAACCAAACUACGAUGCUGCUAUGGCCGCUCUUAAGCACUAA